GAUUCAUCCAAAGUCAUCGUUGAAUCCAAACUUUUCCAACAUCAUGUGAAAUCAGCAGAAAAUAUUUAUAAAGCAUCAACAGAAAACGAAAAUAUGCAAAGGGAGCAGCAUCCCGCGGACAUAACAGUUGUCGGUGAUCCAAAAGUCGACCCGGAAAUAAGUCUAAAUGUGCACACACCCAUUCGUAAAUAUAAUAUAAAUCUUCAAAGACUUAAUAGCUCCAUUUUACACGAAGAUUUUAAAGUGCUUCACGUAUUCACUGACAGUGAUGGGAAGACAGUCUUUCAUGAGGAUAAUAAACAUCACCGGCUCCAUCAGAAGGCGGACAAGCUACACUUUUACCACGAUGUAGGGUCCGGUACCCUGGUGAGUCUAAGACACAACGACAAUCACAACGGUGGCAACAUGAAACAUUUUGUGGAGGGCAUUAUCCACGAGGAAAUGGUAAUAGCACCGCCGUUGGCCCACAAAAGGCACAAACGGUCUCUGCACCUCGAUACCCACACUAUAUGGAGGAAAUCCCCGGACUCACAUACAUUCUCUGACGACGAGCUUUUUGUUCCUCCAAGCGUGGACAACUUAAAAUUCCCAUGGAAAGAGGUCUUGAACUUGACAACAUUGAACUCGACGGCGUCGAAAAGCGUCGAGUUUGUGAACGUCUUUCAGAAACGUCAGAAACGUCAGGUAACUCUGAGCUCCUCGAAGAUCGAGCCAGAGUUAUUGCUCUUCUGUGAUAACGCCAUGGUCCAACAGUUCGAAGGCGACACGGACGAACUGUUAGAGUACCUCUUGCAUUUCUGGCAUGCCGUGAACUGGAAAUUUCUGACAAUCUCUCUACAACGGAAGUGGCCGCAUAUAGAUUUAAAAAUCCGCGAGAUCGGGGUCUUCCGGGACGCCACUGCACAGCCGUUCAUCGAGGAGAACCGGAUACGCCAGGGCAGUCGGCUGUUCUCGCUGUAUGACGCCAUGGACAGCCUCCAGCGAUGGCUGGUGAAGUACGAGACAGUUCUGCCACUACACGAUGUGGCCUUUCUACAAACAGGUAAUGACGCCUGCCGUAUGACGUCACACACACGAAGGUUCAAGGACAGCCGGUUCACAAGCGAUGAUGACGAGGAGGAGGUUGACGGAUGUGUGGCGGGAACUGCCGGGGUGGCCUACGUGCGAGGGGCGUGUUUGUCCGCACCGUACUUCCGGAAGUUGGCAUACAAUUUCGGGAUUGGGGAGGCCUCCACGAGCUUCAAUGGUGUCAUUAUAGCCGCCCAUGAAGUUGGGCAUCUGCUGGGCGCCUACCACGAUGGCGAGGCGGAGGCGAGUCCCUGCGCCAGCAACUCCGGCUUCAUCAUGAGCUACUCCAGAGAGGACGCAUUCAAGUUCAGUAGAUUCUCCGACUGCUCCAUACAGAGUUUUCAAAACUUCCUCAAGUAA